AUGAAAGGAAUGAAUCUGUUCUGCACUUCCACAGCAGUAACCUCUAGCACAGAUCACCAUUCCAAGGCACGUAGAAGCACCAAAAGGAUUCGAAGGAAAAGCCAACUUGGCGUCCCUUGUUCAUUCAGAUUGCCUAUUAAUCCUAAGCCUCAUAGCGAGAAGCACAGAAAGAGCUCAGCAGAUAAGCAAAACGGUGACGCACGCAGAAAAAGCUCCGUUCAACUUAACAACCUAUAUAAUAGUUCAUCAUCCUCUAGAUAUCUCCUCAGUGACACACCCUUCAUUGAUUGGGUGUCUGAAUCUGAUAAAAUCCCCUCACACAAGCCCACCCUGCAAAAUCAGGUUGUGGUUUUGAGGGUGUCAUUGCACUGCAAGGCCUGUGAAGGAAAAGUUAGAAAACACAUUUCAAAAAUGGAAGGAGUAACAUCAUUCAAUAUAGACAUGGAGGCAAAGAAAGUAACGAUAAUUGGACACGUGACACCAUUAGGGGUUUUGGCAAGUGUGUCCAAGGUUAAGAAGAAUGCGCAGCUAUGGCCAUCUCCAACUUCAUCAUCCUCAUCAUCUUUGCCAUCAUUGCCGAUGUACGGCUCUAUGGUCAACGCGAGUUAAAUAAAAACUAACACGUAACUUUGUUGUUUGGUAUGUAUUAUGUAACAGUUUUUAUUGAUUAAUUACAAAGUUUGAUGACCUGUCAAGCUUAUAAUGUUUGUGGAGUAAGAUGUGUGAAAGGAAUGCAGCUUUUUGUUGUUGUUUAGUGUUUUGUGAUUGCUGAAGUUGAAUGGUUUUUCAGUCCAAUGUUUUUCUCUGUCUAACUAGCCCUCACCAAGAACUAUAAUUGUAAGUGAUCGUAUGAUUAUUGCAGUUAAAUCAAAAGGUUCAUGAGUAUCAA